UUACAAACCAAAAAUUUCCACUUGAUGAAUCUGAACGUGAUGAUCAAACCUCCUCUUUCUUUAACCAAACUCACUGCAUCUUCUUUUAUCACAUUCCACUGCAAAUUCUCCAAAACCAAUAUGCAUUCUUCUUUCAGUGCCAGAGCCAGAGCCAGAGCCACAGCCACUGUUCAACAUGUCCCAGAGCUAAGCCCUGAAGAAAUGGACAGAGUUUGUGAGCAGACUUUUCAGAGAUACACUAGUGUUAGUGGUUUGGUUAAUAGGAAAGGUAAAGGGGUUGCAAUUGUUUGGUUCAGGAAUGACUUGAGAGUGUUGGAUAAUGAAGCUCUUUUUAGAGCUUGGGUUUCAUCUGAAGCAAUAUUGCCUGUUUAUUGUGUUGACCCUACACUUUUUGGGACUACCCAUUACUUUGGAUUGCCCAAAACUGGAGCUUUAAGGGCACAAUUCAUCAUGGAAUGCUUAACCGAUUUGAAAAGAAAUCUAGUGAAGCGGGGACUUGACCUAUUGAUUCAACAUGGUAAACCAGAAGAGAUUAUCCCUUCCCUUGCUAAAGCUUUUAAAGCACACACAGUGUAUGCCCACAAAGAAACAUGCAGUGAGGAAGUAAAAGUAGAAAAAUUGGUCACCAGAAAUUUGCAAGAAUAUGUACCACCAUCAACUGGUGGACUAGGCAAUGAACCAAGAUCUACAAAUGCUACUAAACUGGAAUUGAUCUGGGGUGGUACUAUGUAUCAUAUAGAUGACCUUCCAUUUGACUGUGAGAAUUUACCAGAUGUGUACACUCAGUUUCGUAAGUCAGUGGAAUCCAAAUCAAGAAUCCGUAAUUGCAUUAGACUCCCAGCAUCACUUGGUCCACCACCAGAGGUUGGAGAGUGGGGAUGUGUCCCACAAGUUACUGAGCUCGGGCUUCAGUCGGAAAAGAUUUCUAAAGGAAUGAAGUUUAUGGGAGGUGAAAGUGCUGCAAUUGGUAGGAUACAUGAUUACUUCUGGAAGAAGCAGGAUUUACUGAAAGUGUAUAAAGUGACUCGAAAUGGAAUGUUAGGACCUGAUUAUUCGACAAAGUUCUCUCCUUGGCUUGCUUCAGGAAGCCUAUCUCCUCGUUUUAUAUAUGAAGAGGUGAAGAGAUACGAGAAGGAAAGACAAUCAAAUGAUUCGACAUACUGGGUUUUAUUUGAACUGAUAUGGAGGGACUAUUUCAGAUUUCUCUCAAUCAAACAAGGAAAUUUGCUUUUUCAUGCAGGUGGUCCUCGAAAAGUAGAUAUUAACUGGAGCCAAGACCAAACCAUGUUUGAUGCCUGGAGACAAGGUCAAACCGGGUAUCCUUUAAUUGAUGCCAACAUGAAAGAACUAGCUUCUACUGGAUUCAUGUCGAAUCGAGGACGACAGAUUGUGUGUUCUUUUCUUGUUCGAGAUAUGGGCAUUGACUGGCGGAUGGGAGCUGAAUGGUUUGAGACAUGCCUCUUGGAUUAUGAUCCUUGCUCCAACUAUGGAAACUGGACAUAUGGAGCAGGUGUUGGCAAUGACCCUAGAGAAGACCGUUACUUCAGCAUCCCGAAACAAGCUCAAAACUAUGAUCCUGAAGGGGAGUUUGUUGCAUACUGGUUGCCAGAGCUGAGAGCACUUCCGAGGGAGAAAAGACAUUCUCCUGGAAUGAUGUACUUAAAGCCAAUUGUUGCUCUCAAACAUGGAUAUACCAAGAAGACUGGUGAUUCGAAAAUGCCAUCUGGAUCUAGAAGAGCCAAACCAGAAGACAAUCGACGGAAGGGACACGGAGAUAGAACGUAUUAGCACCGUUGCCAAUAUAGGCUACUGAUCUUCAGAACAUUUCUCACCAAGUUACAACUGAGAUCAGAAACAUUAGCUGCAGCAUACUGAUUCUGAAAUAUAUCUGUGAGUAGAACUAACCUGAUCCCAUUGGUUACUUGGAGGCUUUUGUAACAAAGAUUGUGAAAUUGGCUAUUACCACUUGGCUUUGUUUUAUAGAGAAAUGGGAACAAUCUAUUACAGAUUUUGUAGUGUCCUGAAAAUGAAGUACCUUGGACCAUCUUACACAGUUCUUGAAUGAUUUUUCUUGACUUGGAUA